GCAUCGGGAUCGCCGGAGGUGCUCGCUUUCCUCGCCUUUCCCUCUCUUUUGGGGAAGAGUCGUCUAGAUUUGGGAUGGGGACCUUCACGGGACGUUACGAAUUCUACGUUGGUUUGGGUUUGGCUGUCACCUCCAGCCUAUUUAUUGGAAGUAGUUUUAUCCUGAAGAAGAAAGGACUUCUUCGACUGAGUGGCCGAGGGGCCAUCAGAGCAGGCCUGGGAGGUCAUGCGUAUCUGAGAGAGUGGCUCUGGUGGGGAGGCCUAAUAUCCAUGGGAAUUGGAGAAGCUGCAAAUUUUGCGGCCUAUGCUUUCGCCCCGGCCACGCUGGUUACCCCUCUGGGAGCCCUGAGUGUUUUAGUCAGUGCUGUUUUGGCCUCCUAUUUCCUGAAUGAGCAGCUGAACAUCCAUGGAAAAAUCGGGUGCCUCCUGUGCAUUUUGGGAUCUACUGUGAUGGUGAUCCAUGCUCCUCAGGAGGAAACGGUUGCCAGUCUGGAUUCCAUGUUGGAGAAACUGAAGGAUCCAGGAUUCAUCGUCUUUGCCACCUGCAUGCUGGUGAGUUCGGCUCUCCUCAUCUUCGUGGCCGCGCCUCGCUACGGGCAGAGGAACGUCCUGGUCUACAUCCUGAUCUGCUCGUCCAUCGGUUCGCUUUCCGUCGCUUGCGUCAAAGGCUUGGGCAUUGCCCUGAAAGAGCUGUUUGCCGGGAAGGCCGCCUGGAAAGAACCGUUGGGCUGGAUGCUUUUCCUCAGCUUGGUGGUCUGCAUCAGCGUCCAGAUCAACUACCUGAACAAGGCCCUGGACAUCUUCAACACCUCUGUGGUCACCCCCAUCUACUACGUCCUCUUCACCACGGCUGUUAUGACCUGCUCCGCCAUCCUCUUCAAGGAGUGGCAGCAUCUGCUCCUCAUGAACAUCGUCGGUACCAUAAGCGGCUUCCUCACCAUCGUGCUGGGUAUCUUCCUUCUCCAUGCUUUCAGAGAUGUGCCGUUCACUGCCGAUCUGUUGCCCGUCUUCCUGAGACAUAAGCAGAAAGAUCUACCGGCGGCUUCGUGGAGGGAGGGAGCAGAUAAAGAGCGGACGUAUCUUCACCAGCCUCUUCUGGAUUCAGAGGACUCGCAGAAAGGGACAGAGAAAGCGGACGACAGUCAAUGUUUAUGAAAGCUCAGGUUGACUAAAAACUAUUUAAGCUCUUUUGGGGGUUUCUUCUCCCCGUUUCUUUAAAAAUUUAAGUGUUUUUACUGGGAGCAUACUUGAUGGUAAGGGACGCAGUGGCUCAGUGGCUAAGAUGCUGAGCUUGUCGAUCAGAAAGGUCGGCAGUUCGAAUC